AUGCCUGAUCUUUUGCUUGCUGCAUCCCGCUACAAGAAAAAGCAUCCCUCUGAGAGUUUUGCCAGUGUUUCACUUCGCUACAACAUCCCAAAAACCACCCUGUACAACCGCUUCAAAGGAGUUCACUCCCCCCGAGGGAACAAUGUCGCUCGAGCCCUCUCCAUCCCCCAAGAAUACAGACUUAUCAACAAAAUCAAUGAGUAUGCCAAUCGUGGAACCCUUCUUACCCCUCGGUUUGUGAAAGAGCUUGCAGAAGCUGCGGUAGGACGGUCACUUGGUCAAAAUUGGACCUCACGCUUCCUCCUUCGUCAUCGAGAUCGUCUCUCCUCUCAAUACAACACAUACCAAGAGCUUUCUAGACUUCGAGCAGACAAACCAGAGACAAGAAAAGCGUGGUAUUCCCUGGUAAAGCGUGUUAUCGACUCCGGACUCUAUCCCCCUCACUGCAUGUUCAAUAUGGAUGAAUCGGGUUUUGAUCUCUCAUAUGAGCGCAGAGUUCGACGUGUAACUCCUCGAGCACACAAACGUAAUACACAAGCUGUCGGACCCAAUAGUGAACACAUCACCUCUAUUGCCUGCAUUGGAGUCGACAUCAAUGCUCCUCAGGUACCACCAACGAUCAUCUAUCAAGGAAUGGGACAGGUUCUGCCAGCUUGGACUCAAGUGAGGGAACCAGACAUAGUACAAAAGGGGAUGGUAACACAAUCAGGUUGGAGCAAUACCUAUAUCUGUCAAAAGUGGUUGACCGAUGUCUUUGAUCCAGCCACUCGUGACCAUGUUCCCCCUCACUGCCGACGACUUCUUUUCCUUGAUGGAGCGGACCCCCAUGUCAAAGUCGAGUUCCUUGAAUUGUGUUGGAGUAGGAACAUUGUUGUCAUCAUCUUUCCAGCUGGAUUGACAGGAGAACUCCAACCAUUGGAUGUAGAUUUCUUCAAUCACCUCAAGCGCACCUUCUUCAACCAACUGGAUGAUUAUCAACGUGGGAGUUGUUUAUCUCGAGCAGCGAAGGGGAUGUUUUGGAGAUGGCAUCAAGUAGCGUGGAAGGGAACGAUGCAGGAUAAUCAGAUCAAGGCAGCUUGGCGGAAAGCAGGAUUGUGGCCACUGGAUCCUGAAGUCAUGGGUGCGGUCGAUCUACCUACUUCAUCUAUUCCCCCUAUUCCGACCACACCUCCUCCACAAGGCUCUUCACCUGAUCUUGAAACCCCACGGAACUAUCAGCGCCUCCGAAAAUACUCGUCUCUUAUCCGGCAGGGUGUGCUGGAUCCAAAACAGGCAUUUGAGAAGGCAAGGAAGGGAUUGGAAGAGUCAUUGGCGGAUUGUGCAUUUAAGGAUAGGGAGGUGAAGGACAUGCGGGCAGCAAUGACAUUGGAUAAGGAAGCCAGGGGAAGUAGGAAGCGUGCGAUCUACAAAGAUGGUGAAGUCUUUGACCCGGAGUACCAGGAGCGGAAUGUAGAAGCACUUGCCAAAAGAAAGAAGGCAGAGCAGGAAUCUAGGAUGAAGAAGAAAACGGCUGCGCUGGCUGGUAAGUCGAAAGGGAAGCAACGUGCUUCCCCUGCCUCCAGGAGGUGCUCUGCGGGUCCCUCUACUAUUGCUUGA